ACCACAAUAAAAUCUCGUCACAUCUUCGGGAAAGGGAAAAUAUGGUGAAUACAGGGCAUCCGAGUCGGGGUUGUGACACUUGCCGAAAACGUCGUGUCAAGUGCGAUCUCCGGCGGCCAGGAUGUGAGCGAUGUGAAAAGCUGGGCAGGCCUUGCUCUGGAUACCGCGAUCUAGAUCAACCAGACCUGAUUGUGCGUGUUAUGACACCGGCUUCAUUCCGUCCAGCGAGCUGGACGAGGACCAAACCGACCGACGAGACCAAAUCAAGGAGAAAAUCCGACCUGGAGAAAUUCAAAGGAGACAGAAAACAUGAUAACAACUCUUCGAUUCUAUUUGAAAAAGACCCUUUACUCAUCCGCCAGGCGCCAGAAUCGUGGGAAACUCAUGUCAUGCCCCUCAUCAUGAGCCAACUGAUGGCCCAAGUCCCUGGAACCACCCGCAUAUACGGACCGUUGGCUUGCUUCCCCACUCUCUUGAAGGCUGCAGAUUCUCGAUCAUCGCUGUAUUUGGCCAGCUAUGCAGUCGGCUAUGCGUACUUGGCAAACAGAACACGCUUAUCAGACCUCGUCCUGUCUCAUCGGGGGGCGUACGGCAAGGCUCUCAACGCGUUGAGUCUUGCCAUACAUCAGCCAGAGACUCAAAAGGACGACUCGACCUUAUUGACCGUCUGGCUAUUGUCUCUGUAUGAGCUCAUCCUGGGCACUCCGGAGUCGGAAGAAGGCCCCUUGAAUUGGAAUACGCAUGGAAAAGCACUGGCCGGGUUGCUGCGCACCAGAGGUCGCGAACAGUUCAGGUCACGAAAGGGUUGCCAACUCUUUCUCCUGGCCUACCAUACCAUUCAAAUCCAGUGUUUCCAAACAAAUAAACCGCCGCCUACAGAGGCCAUUGACUGGUUUAAGUAUUUUGACGACUGGGAAACCCCCAGUAGCCGCGUCAUGGCUCCCUUGCUUUCUUUUUCCGACGACGCGCUGCGUAUUUCCUGGCGUGCCUGGUCCCGUGUUCAACACCAAGGGUCACCAGACAGGAUACUUGCCGAGUUAAGAGAAAUAGUCCAGGCACUCCGUGAUCUUGAAAGAUCCAUGGAGUAUCAUUUUGGCUAUAAGAUUGUCUGUCCAUUAUGGGAAAUGACUGCUAAUACCACCCUAAAGGGUCAGCGGUUGACCUUUAUGCAGCUUCACCUUUGCAACCACAUAGAUGCUUCUUUGCUGCGAGUUUACCAUAAUGUCUACCACCUUUUGCUCUAUGCUGUCAAAUUUGCUAGCCCGUCGAUCGAUGAGUACAAGGAAAUUGCUUCGCUCCAAGAAGACAAUAUAUCGAUGACGCGGGCCAGGGCUAGUAGAGUGUUGGCGACUUUACCUGACUUGCUACCCGAGAAGGAGAAGCGUCGAGAUGACACGGUGGAAGUCAAUCUCGCAGACAUCACCAGGCUGAUCUGGCCGGUACGCAUUGUUGCCUCAUCGCCUGUCGUCCAGGAGAGACAGAAGACUAUGGCUAAAGAUGCAUUACGGCGCAUGGGGCAUGAAAUGGGGAUUAUGCAGGCCGUUGGAACCUAUUUUCCGUCGACUAAUGCUAAACCAUUUUGAUCUGGGUUCAUCCAGACGAGCAAUUGGCAGAGAUCACCACAAACCCCGUUUCUCACUACAUUCCCCUGCCAUUUAUAGACACUUAGAAGGCAGUUUUGGCCUGAUUUGAUGGUUUUCUAUAGAGAAUAAGGUCAACACUACAGUUCUAUUAAUAAUAACAUUAUUUCAU